AUGUCGUGGCGGAUCUUUAAAUUCUUCGAGAGCGAAGAGCUCAAAGACCCGGACAGCACCAACUCAUUCCACUCCCUGCUGAGUCGUCCGAACUGCGGGAUCACGUGCUUCACCUGUGGCCGAGGACAGAUGGUUUUAGGCGACUCCCAGGGCAGUCUGCACGUCCUCACCAGCUUCUCUGAUAUUCUGAGCACCUCGGCCUACCUCCUGCGAGUGAGCCUCGUGUACCAAAUGAGACAGCGGAAUGUAAUUAUCACUGUCGGUGACGACGAAGACCUCAUGCCCAUUAUCAGGGUGUGGAACUAUGAGAAACUAACAAAGGAAGGGAUUCCGACAUUGUCACGGAGCAUUCCAGCUCUCAUUCCUAAUGGGAGACAGUCCUCUGUAAUGGUGGUGUGUGCCCACGAGAGCAUGACGUUGAUGGCUGUGGGGUUCAAAGAUGGGACAGUGGUGACUGUCAGAGGUAACCUCAUGCGAGACAGACUGUCGACUAUGAAGGUGGUCCACUCUGAGUCCACUCCAGGAGUCUACGCCACUGGGCUGGGGUUCCGACAAGUGAAGAACAGAACAAUUCUCCUGAUCUCCACCAGUGAUGCCGUCUAUACCGUUGACCUCACACUCAAAACUGAGACCAAAUUGGACAGCAUAGGUUGUGAGCUUGGCUGCAGCACCAUGACAGACCACACCCAGGACUACAAGUUUGUCAUCGCUCGAUCCGAGGCUGUCUAUUUCUACACUCCUGAAGGAAGAGCUCAGGCUUUCGCUUUCGAAGGAGAGAAGGUGUUGCUGCGAUGGUACCGUGGCUACCUGAUUUCAGUUGUGUACGGGGCACGAGGCAGCUCCGCACGAGCAGCUGCAAAGUCUGGUGCCAAAGACGUGAUGACUGUCUCAGUAUAUGACAUCCAGAACCAGUUUGUUGCCUACCAGAUGACUCUGAACGGAAGGGUGGUGGACGUCGUCAGCGAGUGGGGAUCUCUCUACAUCCUCCUGCGAGACGGACGUCUGAUCCGAUUGGAGGAGAACGACACGAAGACAAAGUUGGAGACGCUGUUCAAGAAAAACCUCUACCCCACAGCCAUCAACUUGGCUCGCAGCCAGUCGUACAACGAUGGACUAAUCGACAUCUUUACUCAGUAUGGAGACCACCUGUACAGUAAGGGAGAUUUUGAUGGAGCUAUUGAGCAGUACAUACUCACCAUCGGCAAGCUAGAGCCUUCCUACGUCAUCAGAAAGUUCCUUGAUGCUCAACGUAUCCACAACUUGACAGACUACUUGAAGGCUCUCCAUAAGAAGGGGAUAGCCAACGCAGACCACACAACACUUCUUCUCAAUUGCUACACUAAACUGAGAGACAUCGACCAGCUUGAUGCCUUUGUUACCGAAUCUCACAGUCCCACAUUCGAUGUCUCCACGGCAAUACACGUGUGUCGCCAGGCCAACUACCACCGCCACGCUCUGGCACUUGCCAAGAAAUACAAGAAACACGACUCAUAUCUACUGAUUCAACUGGAAGACCUCCAUGACUGUGACGAUGCCAUGGAGUACAUUGCAAGGCUAAAGUUCAGAGAUGCGGAGGCCAGUAUGAUAAAGUAUGGGAAGCUGCUGCUGACAGAGCUCCCUGAUGACACCACACGACUGCUGCAGAACCUCUGCACCGACUGGCUCCCUCGCGGUCAGACUCCCAGACCAGAGGAUGUGGUACCUGAUUGGUCGGAUCCCGCCCUCUACAUUGAGUUGUUUGUCAACCAUCGUCACCACUUGACCGUCUUCCUGGAGCACCAGAUAUCUACUCAUACAUCAGGGAACCUGAGAGAUGUGAUAUUCACCACUCUACUGGAGCUGUACCUGGCUGAGAUUGGGGCUUGCCGCACGCCCGAGGAACGGACAGCCAAGGAGAAGAGAGCUCUGGAGCUAAUGCAGAGGAAAAACGCCACUUUUGAUCUGGACCACGCCCUCGUGUUGGCACAGAUCCAUGAUUUCAAGUCUGGAAUACUCUUCCUGUAUGAGAAGGCUGGACUGUUCCAGCAGAUCCUGCAGUACCACAUGGAACACAAUGACUACCAGAGUGUCAUGGCAACCUGCAAAAGACAUGGGCGAAAAGACCCGAACCUGUGGGUCCAGGCUCUCUCUUUUUUUUCCUCUCGGAGAGAGUGCAAGGGUCAAAUCCCCGAGGUUCUCCAACACAUUGAUGAGGACCAGCUGAUGCCUCCACUGAUGGUGAUCCAGACGCUCGCAGACAGUCAGUUCUCCACUCUCUCCGACAUCAAGCCAUACAUUGUGAAACACCUUCAGAAGGAGAAUGAGCAGAUUGCAAAGGACGAGCAGUCAAUCAGACAGUAUCGGGAUGAGACUGGCAGAAUCAGAGAGAACGUGAAGGAACUGCAGACCAGUGCCAAGAUAUUCCAGAUGAUGAAGUGCAGUCUGUGCAGACGAGGGCUCAGUCUGCCGGCCAUCCACUUCCUCUGCAAACACUCCUUCCAUCAGGACUGCCUCCAAGACGAGCUGGAGCACGAAUGCCCCCUCUGUUACCGUGACAACAGGAAAGUGUUGGACAUAAUCCAGAGACAGGAGCAGACGGCAGGUCUGCACGAACAGUUCCACUCCCAGCUGCAGAGGUCACCAGAUGGGUUCAGUGUUGUGGCUGAGUACUUUGGAAGAGGAGUCUUCAAUAAGAGAUCAAGUUCCAAGUCGCCAGGCAGCAGUGUUGAACAGAGAAAGGCGUAGCAGUUAGCGUCACAAGACUGAAAAACGUUUUCAAACUGAAAAUUCAUGUUUGCCGUGUGUCAAAAAAGCCAUGCAUUGUAUGGCUGGGUCACUGUACACAAAUUAAAUAUGAUUGUCACAUGAUUGUCACAUGACGUGGGGUUACAGCUGUCAUCUCUUGGAAGGGCGGGACAUGUUCAUGAGUGACCGCUCUUUGAUCAUCUUCAUUGUCUGCUUCUUCAGUUUACUGGCAUCUUUAGGAGGCGGUGGUAAAAGAUAUUUGAGAACAGGUCACAAUUACUACUCCUUCAUUAGCCGUCUAAUCUUGGAAAUUAACCAAGCAUUCUACCUCACACACUAGAGUAACUGAAAUAAAAGCCCCAAAUUCCACAUGCCCAUGUGGUCCACUACUAACUUGUGGGAGGGGCCCUCAUGUGAGAGGGUCUGCUGCUGUUGAGAAGAGAAGGUCUGGAGGGAAGAGGGAUAGACGACACCUGUCUCCUCCUACCUGGGGCCCUCGUAGCUACCGCCAGCUUCACCUGCCUCACUGGCUCCUUCCUUGCCUCCUCUCUCUUCCUGAUGUUGGCUGUGAUAUUCUUCAGCCUCUCUUCCCUGUCACUCAGUUUGCUCAGGUAGAGUUGUCGCCAUGACUCCUGGUUGCCAUGGGGACGGGCUCCUUUAAAGUCUUUCUCACAGUGUUUUUUCCACAGGACGUCGCUGUCCUCCAGGAAAUGAGUAUUAAACUCCUCCAGUCGCAAUAGUUGAGUUGCGGAGCACCUGACAUGGAAUAGUUCCAGGAUUAGGUAUGGGACUCCACCCACUUCUUCAAUUGCAUCGAUAUUGUCCAUCAGAACCUUCAUUGAUAGGUCAAACAGUGACACCGCCACUUGAGGACCAGAUGCCUUCUUGCCGGAGUAGACCUGGGUCCGAGAUCUCUUUGUGUGGGCCACUGCAUCGGCUGGUGGCUCCUCUACCGCUGCUGCAGCCAGCCAACAUGGGGAGGGAGGGAGGGAGGCAGGCUUGAUCACUUCUUGUGCACUUAUAGACUCACUAGGGUACUUAGCUAGUAUGAUUAUAGAUCGGAGUUAAUAUGAACCCCAGACUUUUUCUCUUUCUCUGAGGAGAAUGUUCCGCAGGCAAAACUCCAGGGGUAGCGGUGUCUUCAACUCUCCAUGGCAACGGCGAUGGCGAUCGGCGUGGGGGAGGAGGGGCAGCUAGUAGAGAACAAGAUGGUUGAAUUGUAGGUACAGGGGCUCUGUGUCUUUCUCU